UGUUGUCGUGUUUAUGGACGGCUAGCUCUUAGCGGAUAGCACACAGAUAAAGACCACGGCUCUGUUCUAAAUCUAGACAGCUUCUCUCGGGGAUAACUGCGCGUUUGAUUCAUUACAUACAGGUCCACUCGUUCAGGGUGCUGUCUGAGGAUUGAAACACGGACAGACUGAGCUGUUGUUUGAUUGAUUGUUCUACUGAACUAGAAAUACUGAAGACAUCAGCAUGUUUAACCCUCACCAGCAGCAGCAGCAGCAGCAGCAGCAGUUUCAUCAGCAUCUGCGGCAGCUUCAGCAUCUGUUUCAGCAGCAGACUCCUCCUCCACCUCCUCCUCCACCACAGCCUCCUCCCGCUCAUCACAUCACACACACACACACACGGCCCAUGGCGGUUCCUGCUCCAUCUCCUGCUUCUGCUCGUAUGGUGAACCUGUGCUCAGCCACGCAGGCCAUCAUCGCUCCCAACCCCAUGCUGCAGGGGGCGCUGCUCAUGCAGCAGAUGCAGGCGGGUGGCAUGCGUGGCUUUGCGAUGGGGGGCCAGCAGUUUCCUCAGUUCUUCACUGUGGGCUCCAGAGCGUCUCUUCUGGGACCCGUCCCAAUGGGAGUCGCCAUCAAGACCCCACACAUGGGAUUCCAGCGGCACUUCACGCCACACGCGCGCUAUUACACCAACGAGUUUCAGGCUCGUCAGCCGGACAGAAAGAGGGAAAACGAGCAGAAAUCUGCGGGCAGCCAAUCAGAAGCCAGCAGCAGCAGAGCAGAUCCGGGAUGUCAGGAGUCUUCAGAGCAGCCUGAUGAACCAGCGGCCAAAAAACACAAAACACAAGAGUCAGAGGAGCCUGUGGAGACCGAAUCAGCUCAAAGUGCGGAGUAUAAGAGCCCAGAUCCUGCAGAGCUCACUCUGCAGGAGGGAGGAGGCAUGGAUGCCGAAGCAGAUGAACCGAGUCAAGCGGCCGAGGUUGAAAGCACAGAAGCUCCAGAUAAAGACGUUGAGCAGCAGAUCAGUGACGGUCCAGACGAGAACACGGCCUCUGAUUCAGUGCUUGAGAUCAAGGAGACCUCAGACACUCCUGAGGAGGUCAAAGACGGAGAAACAGAGACCUCCAACAAGUUCUUCUGCUAUAUUUGCAACAUCACUUGCCAUAACCAGCAAAAUUUCCAGAGCCAUAUGAACGGCCUGACGCACCAGCAGAAGAUGAUGGAGAUCCAGCACAUGAGCAACGCAUGUCUCGUCACGCUGCUGCCGCGAGUCCAGGAGACCCUGCAAGGAGCUCACAGAGACGGUGAGAAGAGAGCAGGUCUGCAGAGAUGGUGCUCCACCUGCCAGACGCACUUCACCACCAACGUCAUGGAGCAUCGCAGAACCACGGAGCACAAGUGCUGCAUCCGCUCGUCCAGCUCCAGCUGCACCGUCUGUAAGCUGCACUUCAGGACACACAGAGAGUUUGUGGAGCACAUGCAGUCUCCGGAGCACCAGCAGCGAGUCCAGCAGCUGUGGAAGGAGUCGGAUCAGAUGAACACUGACAUGUUUCUGGGUGAAGAGGACGGAGAGUGCAGUGAUGAGGAGAGGGAGGAAGAGGAGAACGGGAAGGAGGGUCUGUCUGCGCAGAUGGAGGUCACACUGGAGGAUCUGACCGAAGACGAGCAGUUCGACUCGGACACAGUGUACGGCUCCAGUUUCGUGGUGCCCGUGGCUGGUUUCCUCUGCCGUCUCUGUGGUCAGUUCUAUCACUUUGAGUCUUCGGCUCGACACACACACUGCAAGACGCUCACACACUUCCAGAAUCUGAAGCGUUACAAAGCUUUAAUGAAGCAGGAAGACUCCGUCUCGUGUCCAGAUCAGACCCCAGCCUCCUGCAGCACCUCACAUCCCAGCUGCACACAGGAAGUCCAGCCGCACGCACAGGAAGAGGCGGAGCCCGAGGGGAAGAGCGUCCGGGGCCGGGGACGCACUCCUGCUAAGAGACGAGGACGAGGAGCGAGACGACGCUGACACACACUUCAGAGGACCCUAGUGAAAGCACCCGUCCUGUUUGGGGAAUGAUGGGAUACGCUUCAUUAACAUGUCCAGCCCAAAACCAACAAGAUCUACAUCCAGAUUUAUCAUCAGAAUUACAUGAGAAUUC